AUGGCGUUUUUGGAUGAAGACGGUAAUCUUGCUAUAAAAGUUGAUGGCGGCAAACUGCAAAGUGCUGAUCAAGUUGCACAUAUUAAAACUGUUAUUGAAACAGAUGAAAGUUCUGGAGUUGUUGUCAAGGGUGGAUAUAUUAUUCGAAAUUCCUCUUCUGGAUACUUAAUUACUGGAGCCGAAAUUGCUCCAUAUGGAGAUCUUCAACUCAGCUCUUCAGGUUUACAAGAUCAAAGUUUAUUAAGUUUGGAUUCGCAAGAUGUAAUCGCUCAGAUUAUGUCUAAUUUAAUCGCAUUUUUGGUAAAUAACGGCACUUUACUUACUGAAGAACAGUUAACGGAGAUUGGCGAUGAAAUUUUGGAAAUUGUCGGUAAUUUGGCUAAAAGUUCUUACGAUGCAAUUAUAAAUCCUCUUGCAAGUGAUCUGGAGAGCGCAAUGGCUUAUGAAAAAGAAAACUAUGAUCAGCUGUUCGUCGGUGUUUCUUUUGAAGGAAGUUUGUGUCUUUCAGAACGGUUGACUGGUAAUGGUUGCAAAUUGGUGAAUGCAUACGAAGAUGCUCUUAUGACUUAUCAUACCGAAGAUGGACUCAUUCGAGGAUCGGCGUUUAAAACGAAGAAUGGAGUUAGUCUCAAAGUCGCUUACGAUUAUCCACCAAAGCUUUUUGAAGACGAUAUGAAAUGCGAUGAUUGGACGGUAUCGUUUCCGCCAUCAAUGAAAGAUCUUGGAUUUAGUGAAGCACUUGAUAAGACCAUGAUUCGAGUAUCGUUGUUAUGUUAUAAGGUCAACCCUUAUGCCUACAUUACCAAUUUUCAACCGUUGAUAAAUUCCGGGGCUUUCGUGAUAAAUCUAAAAACCAAGGACGGAGCUGAAAUUCCUGUCACUAACGCUAAGGAACCGAUAUUGAUAAGACAUAUCCUAAACAAAAAAGUUGAUUCCUCGGCAGCAAACAGUUACUCUCUCGACUAUGAAAGUUAUCAGAUUUUGGAUCUGCACACGUUCAGAACGGAAGUUUGGAAUAAUUCACUACUAAUCGAAUUUACCAAGAGCUCAAGCAGAGUUUACAACGGGGAAAUUUGGCUAUUUAUGGCAUUUCAACGCUUACCGGGUCCACUUCCAGACGAUCACGACUGGCGUUUUCUUGUCACCAACCAAUAUAGCACCAACAAUUUCUUCAUUGACAGCACUGAAACUGUUAACAAAACUGGUCUGUUCUUCAUUGGUGUUGGAUGCGCGUUAUUGGCACCUUCAAAUGAAACAGAAACUGUUGAAUAUAGAGUUGGAAAUUCACCAGCUAAAUAUUUCCAACGUAAAUUACCAAUCUCAUAUUCGUUAAGAGUCUUAACCAAAGCUUGCUACUACAUUGAUCAACAUUUAAAGGCACCUAGCAGUCAUCAAGUAAAGAGAAGCGCUGUAGUUGCGAUAGUUUUGAUUAUGUUCUCUCUUUUCACUGGUCUGGUCGCACUGAUUGCUUACGACCACGAUAAACUUGACAUCUGCAAGGGAAGAAUGCGAUUUAUGGAAGACAAUGGUUACAACACUUAUUUCUACAUUGUAGCCGUUCAAACCGGAUAUUGUAUGUUCGCUACAACAAAUUCUAACGUUUUUAUGAAUGUUCUUGGUACUCGUGGAUCAACUCUUGCCCGGAAACUAAAAGGAAAAUCUAAUAUGGGAAGCCAGUUUAAAUGGGGAACAACAGAACGAUUUGUUAUGGCAACAAAUGAGUUAAAAUUUAACAUUAAAUUGACACAAAUUUAA